UUGUCUAGGAAGCUUAAAAAAACACCCUAAAACCCUCGUCUACUAUUCUCUCUUCUCUUCCACUGAUAUGUAAAAAGCUACGAGCACAAAUAAUGAUCGACUGAAUGAGUAUACAGAGCAUGUUACGAAGAGGCCUCACUUUCAAUCACCUCCCCAAAUCCGUACGACCAAGUGGGCUGCGAGGAAGAAGGCCCUAUGCUAACAAUGCCGCCUCCGCCGCCGCCGCCGAGGAACCAAACCCAGAUGGCAACAAAGUCCGUGGAAGGAGGCUGAGCAAGAAGGAGCUCAAAGCCCUUGUCGAAUCAUUUGUCCACGAGUACAGAGCAAUGAAUGCGGGGAAAUUCCCUCCCUUUAAGUAUACUCAGAGACAAGUGGGUGGCAGUUACUAUAGAAUUAGGGGGAUCCUCCAGGAGCUACAGUACACGGCUAAAAUCUCGCCCUCGUGUGGUGGGAUUGAGCAUUCGUUGGGACGAGAGGGAAUAAGAGGAAGUGAGUCUUUGACUGAAGUCGGAGGUGUCAUUGCUCAAACUGUUUCUGAGGCGGAAAAUGACACAGAUCUUAGUGUUGCCAGUGACGGGUGUUUAGAAGCUGAGGAAGAGUCCCAGACGUCCUCCUCAGUUGAGAUUUUGUCCGAAGAAGUUAUCACUCCAGGGAGAGGUUCUGAUCUGGAUGUCACACAAAGUAAUAUCUGGAAAGUGAAUGCUGAGGAAUCUUCAUAUAUAGGCCUUGAUAUGGAGGAACUUAAGAAAACUCAAUUUGUCUCUAUUGCUCCAGGAUGUGAGAUGUUACAAGGAGGAUUUGAUGUUAUUUCUCAUUCACAUGACAAAUCUGAGGAUGGUAAAAGGGAGGAAGCUCAGGCUCAUCAACAUGAUUAUGUCUCUAAAGAAAAGCAUCUACAUAUAGGGGAAACUAAUCCAGCCUCUCCAAGUUCUGAUGAUACGGAGGAUAUUACUAAACCGGAUCUUGAUGAUUCAGAGUGUAAAAUGAAGCAACAUGAUGAGACCCCUCAGGCUGAUCGACUUGAUUCCAUUGCUGCAGAAAAACAUCUACCAAUAGCGGAAACUAAUAGAGUCUCUUCAAGUUCUGAUGAUACAGAGGAUGUUACUAAACCACAUCUUGAUGAUUCAAAGUGUAAAAUGGACCAGCAUGAAGAGAUCCCUCAGGCUGAUCGACUUGAUUUUGUUGCUAAAGAAAAACAUUUACCAAUAGCGGAAACUAAUAGAGCCUCUCCAAGUUCUGGUGAUACUGUUGUUACUAAAUCAGAUCUUGAUGUUUCAAAGUCUAUAGUGGAGCAACAUGAAGAGAUUCCUCAGGCAGACAAACUAUCCAAGCUGGCUGAUGAUGCAGAACCUCCAAAAAGAUCAACAACUCUAUGGGGUGCUAUGAAAUCGUUUGCGGAUGGAAUUAUCAGUAUUUUCAGACAACAGUAAAUUUUGUCACAUAAGGUUGGAAUCUACACCCCUUUAGUGAAUUUUUGUGUUAUCGCAGAAUUGCUGUUGAAAGUAAAGAAAUGUUGACCUUUAAAGUAGGAUAUGGAACUACUUGGUUGUUUUUACCAUGUAACUUGCAAAUGGUACUAGUGUUUUGAUGUGCAGCCUUAAUCUGUAGUUACAGUAGCUAGUCACAUAUAAGAUAAACACUUGCGCAAUCCACGAACCUUUACAUUUUUGGAUUA